UGAUUGAUGAAUUUUGAAAUUUCAAAAUCACAUGAAGGUUAAGUGGCGCCAUAGGAUUUAAAAUAAAACAAAAUGAAUAAUAUUGAUGUACCUUGUGUUCGUUAAGACAAAUGUUUAAUAGACGAAAAAUAUAUUAAUCCAAGAUCUCGAAACAAUUAUUAUUCGAUAAAAAAAGUAGGUAUUUAAUUAAUAUUUGCAGACUUAGCAACUUACGUAAGUGUUAAUAACAAAAAAUGCACCAAGUAACAAAUUAUAAACAAAUUGCUGGUUGUAAAGGCAAAAUUAUUAUCAUGUGUGCACAAAGUAUACAAAGAUACUCCGUUGGAUGAUCAUUACAGGAACAGACCGGCAUUCAUAAACGCUUAUCAAAUCUCGUACUGUUUUCAUUCAGUUCUUGUAAGAUCUCAUAAGACGUACAACAUGCUCGCUUGGAUCAAGAUAACUCUUAUUUUAUGUUUGUUUGGAACUUUACGAGAAAUCCGGCCGUCGGAACCUUUUGUGACAGAGUUUUUACUAGGACAAUGGAGAAAUAUAACUGAAUCUCAGUUAAACAGAGAUGUUUAUCCUGUUGGUACUUAUUCUUAUUUGGCGCUAUUAGUUGUUGUGUUCCUCGUCACAGACUUCUUACGAUUCAAGCCAGUUAUCAUACUUUCAGGAUUAAGUGGGAUCUCAGUGUAUGCAGUAUUGCUGUGGACUUCAAGUUUAGAAUGGCUGCAAGUAUCCCAAUUCUUAUAUGGGAUUUACAUGGCCACAGAGAUUGCUUACCUCACAUACAUCUAUGCAAAAGUUGACACCGCAAAAUAUUCAAGAGUAUCUUCCUAUACCAGAAUAGCAGCUCUAACUGGCCGUUUUCUUUCUGGUGUCAGCUCACAACUACUCAUUCAUUAUGAAGCCAUGGACUAUAGAGACCUUAACUAUAUUACAUUUACAGCACAAAUAUUAGCAACCUUCUGGGCCUUCUGGUUACCACAUGUGCCAUACGGUAUUUACUUUCACAGAAGAUCAAUUGUUAGUGCAGGGCAAAUAGAUAUCAAUAUACCUAUAGAAAAACAAGCACCUACAAAAACGCCGUCGAUCCGCACGCAAGUAUUCGACGCAGCAUCGCUGAUAUCACGGCACGCGCGAUCCGCGUACAGCCGGCCCAAGGUGGUCGCGUGGUCCGCGCUGUACGCGGCCGCGCUCGCGCUGUUCGUGCAGGCGCAGACGUACGUGCAGCUGCUGUGGGCGCAGAUACAGCGCGAGAGCGACGUGCCGAUUGCGUAUAACGGCGCGGUGGAAGCGAUACAAACGCUCCUGGGUGCGUUCGGAGCGUUCCUAUCAUCGUACUGCGCACGCGCAUCGCUACCAGCGCCCGUCGCCGCAGUACAGGGACUCGCUGUGUUCGUGGCCGCACACGUACCCAACGUGUUCGUCUCGUACGCGGGGUACAUUGUGAUGGGCAUGCUGUAUCACUACACCAUCACGCUAGCUAGCGCAAAAAUAGCCAGCCAGCUGAGCGACGAGAGCUGUUUCGGUCUAAUAUUCGGCAUCAACACGCUCAUAGGGACCGGCCUGCAAUCUCUACUCACUCUUAUACUAAUUCAAACUUUAGAACUGCCGAUAUAUUCUCAGUACUAUUGUAUAAGUGCGUUGUAUUUGUUGCUAGCGUCGUUUUGGCUGCUAGGCUGGUUAGUACAGCUGUGCAAACAGAAAAACAGUAUUCCUUUAAACCAGUAUUGAUGUGUGAUCAAAUGUGCAAUUUACUUAAUGUAAGGGAGUCGAUUGUAUAUGCAGGAUAGAUUUUUUUUAUCCAUAGUAGAUUAUAGAAUGUUCAGAUAGGCAUUAUGUAUAAUUUAA